CGAGCUACAUGAACCACGUGAUCACGUGUCGGCGAGAUCAAAGCGUGUCGCAACUCUCUUUUUCUAUGGCUCUGGCUCUGACCAAGGCAUUCAGCCCCGUCCCAAGUUCCUUGCUUUAAAGCAUCAGCAGAAAGUACCGUGGGCUAGUACUCUCUCAUUAUGCUGGCGUAGUAUGAGCAUACGAGCAAACAUGGAUAUUACAGAGAUAAUUUCUUCCACUAUUCCAGUGUCGUCCGUCCGUGUUUUGGUUCCGCCUGUUAGGUUGGUAUCUGCAGCACUAUGGCAAGUCGUUGAGAGGGGUAAUGUCCAAGACUACGGAGUGCUGGACACGUUUGUUACCGAGGUGUUAGCGGUCAUCCCGGAUCUGAUGAGCUACCGAGAUACGGUCCAACUCCUCAUGGGGCUGCGAGCGCGGCUGGUUCUGGAGCUGUGCCUUUCUGACCUGCUCGACUCGGAGACCAUCCAGCAGCAACUAGACAGGAUAAGGACCUGCAGCGCCAUCCACAUGGGACAGGAGAUCUCUGAUAAAGACGUGGAAACAUCAGUGUCACACUUUCUGAAGCUGAUUGAAACCCUGCUGGAACAGCCAGCCCAGAGAGAACACUACUUCCAGAACAUGUUUCCAGAGGAGUUUGGCCCCAAGUAUGACUUUGCUCUUCAGACUCUGGUGUGGGAGUUUCUCUCCAGGUUGGACAAUCUUCUUCCUACUCCAACCCUUAAACAGGUGUCAUCGUUUCUCAGCUCUGCCCCCUCUGUCCUGGAGGAGUUGCAGCAGUCUGGGUGUUACCUGAAGCCCUUGAGCACCCUUCUUCUGAACCAUAACAAUACAGGUGGACAUUCCUACACCAACGGUAGGAGAUCCAGCAAGUCUGCUUCAAGUCUACACCUGUCAGGUAAUGUACCUGAAGACAACUACAUCCUCUGUACGCUCUCUGAGUCCUGCCUAGAGACGCUUGACAACUUGGGUGUCCAUGACGACUCAGAGGUCCAAUCAGAGGCUGAGGAGGGAUGUCCUGGUGUUCAAAGUCCAGUCUUGUCUUGCAUCCAGUCAGCUAUACCUUUGUGGUCAGAAUCCAGUCACACAGAAGCUCAGAGGAUAAGUGCUGAUCAAGCAAUGGGCGUCCAAACUGGACCUUCUAGUCCAGAGGAGGAACCAGAGGACAACUUUGAGAGGGAGGAGGAGGAUGGCACAGCAGUUGAACUGCAGACUGCAAAGGAUGAAGAAACAGAUUUGGCUUGUAACACUCUUCUUAGUGACAGAAACCUGGAAACUAGAGAAGAAACUACCAGAACCAAAGGAAUGGUGAUGGACGAGUCUUCAACAGUUAUUUCCUGUCUGCUCCAUCAACCACAGGUUGUUCUAUACAGGAUGGAAGUCACUGAUGAGCUGUUGUCUGGGCUGGAGUCCACCUUAACAGCACAACAACCAGACAGGAGGAAGAAGAAGAGGGCGAGGGUGGGGGAGGAGGGACAUCCACAGCGGAUGAGACGAAAGGUUGUUUCUCGCAAGAGUGACUUCUGUAGGAUGUCACCGACAUCUCGGUCUGAGGAUCCCGGCAAAGCUGUGGCCAAAGAGCAAGGAGGAGGGCUGUCCCCUCUCCGCACAGGUCAGGAUUCUCCCUCUGUUGAUGCGUUGCAUGCUGGGAAGCGUGUGAAAACGUGCUCCCAGUGUGGGAAGAGUUUUUCCAAUGCAAAGGACUUUACCAGACACAUGAUCGUUCAUGCUGAGCAGAUUCCCCACUUCUGCACAGGGUGUGGGGAAGAAUUUGAUGAUUCUGAGAGUUUGGAGGAACACCAGGAGGACUGUCACGUGUCCAGUCACAACAAUGAUUCAGAUUGGGAGCAGGAUGACAAGUCUGUGUCGUCUUUAUCGUCCGUAGAGAUCGAGUCAGAACCAGGGACUCUACCUCAGCAGAAAACCUCCACUAGCCGUGGAGGGCAGAAGAACAAACGACCCUGCCCCAUUUGCAACAAGAAGCUCCACCGUAACUCAAUAACUCAACACAUACGCAACCAUGGUGAGCCAUUGGCAAGAGAGGUUCCACAUCGUUGCGAUGGCUGCGGCUUGAGGUGUUACGUUAAAUCCGAUUAUGAGAAACACACUGAAAUGUGUCUGAAGAGGAUUUAUUUGUGCUGUGAUUGUGGGAAGAGAUUUGAUCCUGCUCCUCCAAGCUCAGAGUGUCCUGGGGAAACGUCUGGCCCGGACACCAGAGAGGCAUCCUGUAUGAACGAAACUGGGGUACAGCAGGUCAACAGCACCACACACUCGACAUCAGCUGCCUCCACCGCUCUCCACAGUCAGGGACAACCCUUCAGAGUGGUACCUAAAAGAUCCCACAGAACCUGCCUUUUGUGUAACGAGACCUUCAAAGACACCCACACCAUGGCAGAGCACCUGAAACUGGAGCAUAACAUAAACCCUCACUCGUGUCCUUGUGGGCAAACAUUGACCUCUUUUGAUGAAAUGAAGGAACACAGUCUCAACUGUAUGUCCUGGACAAGGUGCCCUUCCUGCAGAAAAGGCUACGUUCAAUCUACCCAGCUUUCAGAGAGCCAGAGUGUGGAGACAAUCCUCGUUGGUCAGCAGAGCGACCUUCAGUCAACUUCUGUAGAAGACCUCAUGGAGAGCCAGUUGCGUGGCUGCAGUGGUGAGGCCUCUGAGGACGGGCAUGGACCAGACACACGUGUGGGGGGGAAGUCUCCCAGCCGGCAGCAAGGCUCUGGGGAAGAGAUCCACCAGAACCUGCAGCCGGGCCAGAAGGACCUAGCGCACAGUAGCCAGGGCUCGGCCCCGAGCCAGAGUGACACAGAGUCUCCUCAGCCACACAGAAGCACCGCCUCCCCCCAGAACCAAACCCCCGUCCGGGGUCCACCCCCCGGUGUGAUCGUGGACAACCGGACGUGUUCUGUGUGCUUCAAGAGGUUUUUCAAUAAAUCGAGCCGGGAUCGGCACAUGAGGGGACAUGUAAAAGGACCUUUCAGCUGCAGCAUCUGUUCCCACAGCUUCGGGUGCAAGAAGGAUCUUGCCAGACAUCAGGCCAAAGUAGCCAGAGUAGGCUGUGGGCCCAUGCGCCAUAAUCGUACCAUGUAUGACAGAGAGCCGGCAGGAGAAAUCGCGAGCUUCAAGUGUUCCCAUUGUAAUGCUGUGUUCAUGACGGGGAAGAAACUUCAAGCCCACAUGUUGUAUCACACAGGAGACAGCUUCCCCUGUAAGUACUGUGGCAAGGUGUUCAAUAACAACAAAAGCUUAAGGAAUCAUAUAAAAACGCAUGUUGACAGGUCACACCUGUGUGAGACGUGUGGUAAAGGUUUUGCAACAGCAGUCAAUUUGAAACAACACCUGCUCAGCCACGAUGAUGCUAGGCCCCACGUCUGCACAGAGUGUGGCAAAACGUAUAAACAGGAGACAUAUCUGAAGUCACAUAUUCGAUUUUCACACCGCGGGGAGCGACCAUUUCCUUGCAACCUUUGCCAAAUGCGUUUUGUCGACCAGGCACACCUACGUAAGCACAUGAAACGACACAGCAACGAGAGUUUUGGGUGUGCGCAUUGUGCAUGCGCGCUGGGAAGAGAAGCUAUCGUCCGAGAACUGGUUAAACAUGGAGCAGAAGUCAAUGAACUCACUGUUAGAGGUUAUUCCCCGCUGCAUUGCUCUACUCUCUGGGGCCAGCUAGAAACAGUGAAAACUUUGGUAGCGCUGGGUGCCAACAUGCAAUUGAGGAACUUCCGAGGGGAACGAGCCACUGAUGUUGCCUCCCGGUAUUUAAAAACGGAUUGCGCUGAAUAUCUUAACUGGGCAGAGGCUAAGCAGGACUUGGUGUCUUACAUAACUCACGUGAGAGACACCGUUUCCGAUCCUGACAAGGUUCAGGGCAAACUUAGCAAAGAAGAUAAGAACAUGUGCACGAGUAUCUGUACGGCAAAGUAUGACUGGGUGCAGACUGCCAAAGACCCGUCCACCCAGGAAUUCAUUGACCAGAAAAGACGUAUUGAGGAGACACUGUCACCUAUUCUCUCCAAACUCGCUAUUCUGUUUGACGCCACAGCUAAAACAAUGAAAGCCUGAGACACAAGGUUGAGGAUAAUCCCUGUGGAAUGACUGAAGUAAAACCCUGCUCUUUUCUAAAGGCUCUUUCAUGCCGGGGACAAGCGGACCACUUUGUCUGCUGUUCUGCUUCUUCACCACAGGGUGUCACUGUGUUGCCGUCUGCAAUGAGGAGGGAACGCAUAAUUACCUUCUCUAACGUUAUGAUGGCCCUUGUACAAGUCUUUUUAUAUUACGUUUAUCUAAGUCUGUAGGAAUAGCCGUUCGAUUUGUAUCUCUGCAUGGUAUGCUUUUAUUGUCAAUUGCUUCCUUUGUUACUCUAUAUUAUGCUCAAAUAGAACUGGUGUGUGUGAGGGGUCACUUUCAAGAUGAAUUCACUGUGUCUGCUGUCAAUUACUACCAGGUCACUGUGUCCCACAGCCUCCAAACCAUAUAUAUAUAUAAAGGCCUUUAUAUAUAUAUCUAUGCUCCAGACUGCUAUGGUCUUCCAGCGAGCUGCUGUCCUCUGGGUUCAUCCUGCAGGGGAGGUGCUGUCCUCUGGGUUCAUCCUGCAGUGGAGCUGCUGUCCUCUGGGUUCAUCCUGCAGGGGAGGUGCUGUCCUCUGGGUUCAUCCUGCAGUGGAGCUGCUGUCCUCUGGGUUCAUCCUGCAGUGGAGGUGCUGUCCUCUGGGUUCAUCCUGCAGUGGAGGUGCUGUCCUCUGGGUUCAUCCUGCAGUGGAGCUGCUGUCCUCUGGGUUCAUCCUGCAGUGGAGGUGCUGUCUUCUGGGUUCAUCCUGCAGUGGAGCUGCUGUCCUCUGGGUUCAUCCUGCAGUGGAGGUGCUGUCUUCUGGGUUCAUCCUGCAGUGGAGCUGCUGUCCUCUGGGUUCAUCCUGCAGGGGAGGUGCUGUCCUCUGGGUUCAUCCUGCAGUGGAGCUGCUGUCCUCUGGGUUCAUCCUGCAGGGGAGGUGCUGUCCUCUGGGUUCAUCCUGCAGUGGAGGUGCUGUCUUCUGGGUUCAUCCUGCAGUGGAGCUGCUGUCCUCUGGGUUCAUCCUGCAGGGGAGGUGAUAACUUAUCAUCACAGACACUGGUGGGACCUUGACUCGACUGCCAAACACAAUCCUGGCCUCGAGUUGCAUCAGCUGUGGAACCUGUUUCUCCUCGCUGUAUUGUCUGACUCCCGAUCAGCUUUCAUUCUUCAUGUCAGCUUGAUAAAUGUGUGUGUGUGUGUGUGUGUGUGAAGGUAUUUCAGCUGAGGGUGGGGUGUUUGGUUCAUUGAAACUUUGCAUGUGAGGUUCUUUGUCUAUUGAAUGUAAAGUCGAUUCAUACAUCA